AGGCAGCGCCCAGAGGCGGAAGAGGCCGGUUUUUGCUCCGGCCACGUGAGGAGGGUGGGCGGGGCGUUAAAGUUCAUAUCCCAGUGUCCUUUGAAUCAACUUCCUUUUUUCUUUUUUCCGGCGUUCAAGAUGUCGAAGCGAGGACGUGGUGGGUCCUCUGGUGCGAAAUUCCGGAUUUCCUUGGGUCUUCCGGUAGGAGCUGUAAUCAAUUGUGCUGACAACACAGGAGCCAAAAACCUGUAUAUCAUCUCCGUGAAGGGGAUCAAGGGACGGCUGAACAGACUUCCCGCUGCUGGUGUGGGUGACAUGGUGAUGGCCACAGUCAAGAAAGGCAAACCAGAGCUCAGAAAAAAGGUACAUCCGGCAGUGGUCAUUCGACAACGAAAGUCAUACCGUAGAAAAGAUGGCGUGUUUCUUUAUUUUGAAGAUAAUGCGGGAGUCAUAGUGAACAAUAAAGGCGAGAUGAAAGGUUCUGCCAUUACAGGACCAGUAGCAAAGGAGUGUGCAGACUUGUGGCCCCGGAUUGCAUCCAAUGCUGGCAGCAUUGCAUGAUUCUCCAGUAUAUUUGUAAAAAAUAAAAAAAAAAACUAAACCCAUUAAAAAGUAUUUGUUUGCA